AUGAGUCCGGCCCCGCCCGGGGAAGAGGAGGCCCCGAAACCAUCUAAGGAUAAGAAGAGAAAAAGGGUUUCGAUCUCCGAGACUUCGAAACCAAAGAAGAGUAAGACUCACAAGCCAAAGAAUGACGUCGCUGUCCUAUCUGAGGAUGCAUUUCUCUGGCUACGAGAUGAAGAAGAAGAGGAACAUGAAGAUGGUGACUUCAGGUUGGUGGCUCGAAAUAAGAGCGCAAAGGCCAUUGAGCCGGCUAUGAUUGAAGAAGUUCAGCCUCGAGUUGAGGAGGGCCUGGAAGAUGCCUCAAGCAGAGUACCCAAGUCAGCGGGGGCUGACGUUGCCUCUCAUCGAGAUGCGCAAUCGGUGGACGUAUCCGAAAGGGCCAGUUCUGAGGCCCUUCGAAAAGGAGAGAGUGCCCCAAGUGACUUACUUGGGGCAAUCAAUAUUGAUUCGUCUUCCGAUGCUGCUGUGAUGCUUCAUCGGGAAGCGUUCAACAAAUCCCAAGCUCAGAUAAACCGGUAUGGGGCCGCUCUCAAGAUGCUUACGGAUGAGAAAGAUGAUCUCAAAUGCCUCUAUGUGCAAAUGGUAGAGGAGAUCAAGGACCUCCAAGCUGAAUUAGCAACAUCCCAUAAGAAACAGACCGAUCUCAUCGAACAGGUUCAACAGAAGGCUGAGAAAAUCGAGCAACUUCGUGAGGAGGCAGAGAUAAAAGAUGUAGAGACUUUGGAGUGGAAGCAGAACAUGGACCGCCUCGCCUCAGAGAAAGAUACAGCCCGAGACCAGUUGUCUGCGGUUGAACGUCACCUCCAAAGCGUGAAAAAGGAGAGCCUGGCCCGAGACAAAAAAAUUGAGGAUCUUGAGGCUCGGUUGGCCGCUGAGCUUGCAAAGACCGCUUCUGUAGCGGAAAGAGCAAAGGCUGAUGCGUAA